CAAGCAAUGAUGGUAACUUUUCGGCGGUAGCACAGUGAAUUCAUACAAACACGCGCAGUCGUCCUCAUCAGUUUGACUAUUUGAUAUUUUGCCUUGAAACGUUCAGAAAAGAUGAACACUGUUUUGUCCAGAGCGAACUCCCUUUUCGCCUUCUCUCUCAGCGUCAUGGCAGCUUUAACGUUCGGCUGUUUCAUCACCACAGCGUUUAAGGACAGAACAGUUCCCGUGGACGUCCGAGUCUCCGAAGUCAUGUUGAAGAAUGUGAAUGACUUCACUGGCCCCAAAGAGCGCAGUGAUCUGGGUUUCAUCACCUUUGACCUCACAGCUGAUUUGCAGCCCAUUUUUGACUGGAAUGUCAAACAGCUCUUUCUGUAUUUGUCAGCCGAGUACACGACAAAAAGCAAUUCUCUCAACCAGGUUGUGCUCUGGGAUAAGAUUGUCCUCCGUGGUCAAAACACCAAAUUGAACCUCAAAGACAAUAAAUCCAAGUAUUUCUUCUUUGACGAUGGAAACGGCCUCAGGGCCAACAAGAACAUCACGCUGACGCUGGCAUGGAACGUCGUUCCCAACGCUGGAAUACUGCCGUUUGUAGUUGGGAGCGGAUACGUCAGUAUUCCCUUUCCUGAUAAAUAUGAGACUACCAAGAGCUAUUAGGGAUAAAGAAAAUACACACUUCACUCUCAGGCAGACUUGAUGAUAACAUUUGGGGAUAAAGUGGGAAUGUUGUACCAGGGCCCCAAGCAUGGGGAGGGGGGGCGAGGGGGACUUGUAAAGUUUUGAAGAUUGAUUUCUUUUAUUUAAAUGUCAGUUAUAAAAAACAACAUCAUUUGGGAACAAGGGUGAGGUGCUAGAAGAAAGAAAAAAUAAUUACGUAUAUCAACAUCACAGGAAGUUAUGUAGAAGUUUCACUUUUGCGCUCAUGGACCAUUGAAUAAAGUACACAAGAACUGUUUUAACCAAA